CCACCAAAACCAAAUUGCAUUGUCCUGCAUUCCGUUUCUCUGCCUGAACCAAAGUACGGUAGCCUCAAUCUAAACAAGAUACUGAUGGCUACCACGACUUCAACUACUUCACUGACUACUCUACACAAAAAUGCUCAUAAAACGUAUUGUUAUUCUUCGCCAAACGCACUAGCAUUCAAACGGAAUCAACUGAACUUUACAUACCGGUUUAAGUCUACCAUUAUAUUAUCUAGUGCAACAAAAUAUGAUGAAUUUAUCGUCGAUGAAGAAGUGGAGAAGAUUAAAAGGCUUCAAAAUGGAUCAGAUGUUCGUGGAGUUGCCGUGGAAGGUGAGAAAGGUCGAACAGUUGAUCUCACUCCGCCAGCUGUGGAGGCAAUUGCCCAGAGUUUUGGCGAGUGGGUUAUCAAUGGUAUGAAGACGGAACAAGGAUACGUUAAGGAUAUAGUUAAGGUUUCUCUUGGUCGGGAUCCUCGGAUAUCAGGAGCUUCGUUGAGCGCUGCGGUGUUUUCUGGUCUAAAACGCGCUGGUUGUUCUGCUUAUGACAUGGGACUUGCUACUACUCCAGCUUGUUUUAUGAGUACAUUGCUCCUUCCAUUUGAUUAUGAUGCUUCAAUUAUGAUGACAGCAUCUCACUUGCCCUACACUAGAAAUGGGCUGAAAUUUUUUACUCCGAAUGGUGGGCUGCGCUCAACCGAGGUGGAGGAGAUUUGUGGCAAUGCUGCACGUAUAUAUGCAAAUAGGCUGGCAAAAGUUUCAACCUCUGUGAACAUGGCAGCUACAACUAAGGUAGAUUUCAUGAGCACUUACGCGAAGCAUUUACGGGACAUAAUCAAAGAAAGGGUGAAUCAUCCCGUCCAUUUUGAAACCCCGCUUAAAGGGUUUAAGAUAAUUGUGAAUCCAGGGAAUGGUUCAGGAGGUUUUUUUACAUGGGAUGUUUUAGACAAACUUGGAGCAGAUACAUUUGGGUCUUUGAACCUUGAACCAGAUGGAAUGUUCCCUAAUCAUAUCCCUAAUCCUGAAGAUAAAGUCGCUAUGUCCUUGACUAGGAAUGCAGUAUUAGAACAAUCAGCCGAUUUAGGUAUUGUGUUUGACACCGAUGUUGAUCGAAGUGGUGUCGUGGACAAUCUAGGGAAUGCCAUAAAUGGUGACAGACUUAUAGCUCUCAUGUCAGCUAUUGUUUUGAAUGAACAUCCAGGUACCAAUAUUGUUACGGAUGCUCGUACUAGUAUGGCUCUCACACAAUUCAUAACCAAAAGAGGAGGUCAUCAUUGUCUCUACCGCGUCGGCUAUAGAAAUGUUAUCGACAAAGGGAUUCAGUUAAAUAAAGAUGGUAUUGAAACUCAUCUCAUGAUGGAAACAUCUGGCCAUGGAGCUCUGAAGGAGAACCAUUUCCUUGAUGAUGGUGCAUACAUGGUAGUGAAGAUCAUAAUCGAAAUGGUAAGAAUGAAGCUUGCGGGAUCAGAUAAUGAAGGCAUUGGUGGUUUGAUCAAGGAACUCGAAGAUCCAGCGGAUUCAGCAGAGCUAAGAAUAAAUAUAACUUGUGAGCCUAGAUUCGCAAAACAACGAGGCGCUCAAGCGAUCGAGACAUUUAGAAAUUACAUUGAGGAUGGGCGGCUAGAAGGAUGGGAGUUAGACUCGUGUGGAGAUUGUUGGGUAAGUGAAGGUUGCCUUGUGGACUCGAAUGAUGAACCAGCUGCUAUUGAUGCAAACAUGUACAGGGCGAAAGUUUCGGACGAUGAACAUGGACAACAUGGGUGGAUACACGUUAGACAAAGCAUUCACAAUCCGAACAUUGCUGUAAAUAUUCAGUCAUUUAUUCCUGGAGGUUGUCAAACCAUAGCGGAAGCUUUAUUAGAAAAGUUCCUCUUGGUGAGUGAUAUGGAUGAGGGGCUUGACAUUAGUCAAAUUGUUAAGUUUGCAGAAAGUGGACGCAUUGGUUAAUAGGAUGAAUUUUUGAAGGGGGGGAAAGAACGGCAAUUAAUAUAAAACUUCUUGCGUCAUUGUUAUUAUAAAUGCAUCAAAAGUAUAGAGUCCAAAAAAGUUUGAGUAUGAUUGUUUGUCACCAUUGCCCUCAAUAAUGGCUAAAAAAAACGAUAGAAAAAAGAAAGAAAGAAAAAUCGUUCUGGCCA